AUGGCUCCCAAAAAGAAAGAACAGCAGAAGAUGUCCCUCGGGGCCUUCUUGACUGAUGAAAAGAUGGGAUCCUGGGCCGACGAGAUGGAGGACAUGCCAGUUUACUCUCGCACUGGCUAUGGAGGAGGUGAACGCCGAACCUAUAGUUCCACUACAGGUCAAUACGGUAGCGGUAAUGCCGGAGGCUACUCCGUUCGUGAAGAAUUGCCGCUUCCCGACAAACCACCUUACACGGUACAUCUCGGAAACCUUUCUUUCGAUGCCACUGUUGGUGAUGUCACCGACUUCUUUGCUGGCUGCGAAUGCACAAAUGUCAGAAUCAUUGAGGACAAGCUUGAGAUGAAGCCAAAGGGAUUCGGAUAUGCCGAGUUUGCUUCCAGAGAUGGUCUCAAGCAAGCCUUGACUCUCAAUGGCACUCCAUUCCAAGGUCGCAAUAUUAGAAUCAGUGUUGCUGACCCUCCUAAGGACCGUGGAGACCGCCCAGACGUAAGGGAAAUUACCGACUGGAGCAGAAAGGGGCCUUUGCCAGAUUUGCCCGGCCGAGGUGGCAACGAACGUCGUGGACCUGAACGUGGAGGAUUCGGGUCUGACUUUGGCGGAGAGCGAGGAGAGCGCAAGGAGCGGUUUGCAGAAGGGGAUGGCAAGGUCCGCGAUUUCGGAAACUGGGAUCGGAAGGGUCCGUUGUCUCCAUUGCCGCAAGCUGAGCGAGGACCCAGAGAAGGAGGCCGCCCAAGAACAAAUGAUGGACCAAGAGCCGAGGGAUUCAGGGAUCGCAGAGCGUCGCCAGCCGCUCAAUGGGGUGAAGGUCGAGGACAAGGAUCGCAGGAUGGAUCGAGGCCACCAAGACGGGAGUUCCAAGAACGACCAGCUGUCGAGAGAGCUCCAACUGCUGCCGAACAGGACAACCAGUGGCGCUCAAAGAUGCGGCCUGAUGCCCCAGCACCAAAGUCGUCCGUCCCAUCUCGAGAUGGAAGUGAGGCUCCAUCAUCUCCAGCACCAAGCCAUGCCCUGCCAGUUGGUCGCCCCAAGCUGAACUUAGCCAAGCGAACUGUCUCUGAGGCUCUUGAUGUGUCAUCUCCUACCACAGCCACUUCUGGUGACGCCAAGGCCAGCCCAUUCGGUGCCGCUCGUCCGAUUGACACCGCCGCCAAGGAGAAAGAGAUUGAGGAGAAGAAGGCAGCAUUAGCUAAGGAGAAGAAAGAAGCCGAAGAGAAGGCUAAGGAGGAGAAGCGCGAGGCUGCGAAAGCUAAAGCUGCUGAGGAGGCUGCUGAGGCGGAGAAGAAAGUUGAGAUCUUGCAAAGAGAGGGCGAUGACGCCAGCAAAACAGGAGAGACGAUCGAGACUGAGAAUGCCAACGGACAUAUCGUGGACGAGAAAGCCGUAAAGCCCAGAGAGAUUGUUCGGGAUGCGAGACCAAAGCCAGUUGAGACUGGUGCUUGGAGAAGGGCCUCAAACGGUCCACCAACUCCACGGGAUGACAUCCCAAGAGGACCAAGAGGGGGCCAUGGUGGCCGCGGCGGAAGAGGUCGAGGAGAAGGUCGGGGCGGCCCAAGAAAUUUCGAGCCAAGACAGUACUCGAACGGGCGGGCUCCUCAAUCACCGGCUCAGGCCUCUACUCCAACUACGGAAACUGCUGCUAUGGAGGACGAUGGAUGGAGCACUGUUUCGAAGCCUAAGAAGAAUAACCGUGGUGGAAACCAGGGGUCGCGCGCAAUUGCAUCGUGA